AACUGUGGCUCGCCGUAAUGCAGAGCCAGAAGGCGUCACGAUCUGGGGUCGUUCAAUAUUUCAAAGACGUCAACUUGCGGUCCGUAUAGCUGAGGCCGAUGCCGAUCCAGGUUGUACCGGCCCAGUCUGCGUAUGCAACAGACCCGGAUCACCACCAUGCUUCAAGAACAAGCGUGGGGAGCUUCAGUUCGUCCGUGACGCUAUGCCAGAGCCCGUGGCUGAGGCCGAUGCCGAUCCAGGUUGUACCGGCCCAGUCUGCGUAUGCAACAGACCCGGAUCACCACCGUGCUUCAAAAACAAGCGUGGGGAGCUUCAGUUCGUCCGUGACGCUAUGCCAGAGCCCGUGGCUGAGGCCGAUGCCGAUCCAGGUUGUACCGGCCCAGUCUGCGUAUGCAACAGACCCGGAUCACCACCGUGCUUCAAAAACAAGCGUGGGGAGCUUCAGUUCGUCCGUGACGCUAUGCCAGAGCCCGUGGCUGAGGCCGAUGCCGAUCCAGGUUGUACCGGCCCAGUCUGCGUAUGCAACAGACCCGGAUCACCACCAUGCUUCAAGAACAAGCGUGGGGAGCUUCAGUUCGUCCGUGACGCUAUGCCAGAGCCCGUGGCUGAGGCCGAUGCCGAUCCAGGUUGUACCGGCCCAGUCUGCGUAUGCAACAGACCCGGAUCACCACCAUGCUUCAAGAACAAGCGUGGGGAGCUUCAGUUCGUCCGUGACGCUAUGCCAGAGCCCGUGGCUGAGGCCGAUGCUGAUCCAGGCUGUACCGGCCCAGUCUGCGUAUGUAACAGACCCGGAUCACCACCUUGCUUCAAGAACAAGCGUGGGGAGUUUGAAUUCGUAAAACUUCUAUAA